GAAGAAGAAGCAGAUGACCCGGAAAUGUAAUUGACACGACACGAACUUGUUGUAUACGGUCAUGUUUAGUUGACGUUUUGCGCCGUAAGCUAUUGUUGCAACAAAUUAAUUAAAACUAUAAGCAGUAUUUACAAGUAAACGGUUAAAAAUAAUCACAUAUCACAAAUGACUUUAUGCCAAUUUGAGAGUGAUAAAACGAAACAGUCGCUCGUGCAGAAGCUCACAGAGGGGAUAAUCGCUCGUGCAGUAGUGUAGUGAAGCAGAAAUGGAGUCCCAGCAGGAAGUGAACCCUGUAUUCCUGCAGCAGCUCAGAGAGUUGGACAUACCCGAGGAGGCCGCCAAGCAGGCACUCUUGCACACUCAAAAUGUGUCUGCGGAGGAGGCUGCAAUGUAUUACUUCAACAAACUAGAGAACGAGGAAGAGGGUGAUGAGGACCUGAUGUUUAAAAUGGUGUUUGUUGUAAAUAUGGAGCUGUCCAUGGGUGUGGGGAAGGUUGCGGCACAGGUGGGUCAUGCUGCAGUGGGUUUGUAUCAGGCCUUGCAGGAGAAAAACAGUUGGAGGGAAAUGGCCUGCAGAUGGGACCAUGCUGGAGCUAAGAAGAUAGUGUUACAAGGCACUAACGUGGCACACCUUUUGGAGCUGCAGGCUCUUGCUAUGAGCCUCAGUCUUCCUACAAAGCUGGUACAGGAUGCUGGACACACACAGGUGGAGCCAGGUUCAUGCACUGUGCUUGCCAUCAUAGGAGAAGAGGAGAUGGUGAAUAAUGUCACAGGCAGCCUCAAACUGCUUUGAGGAAACUACUGUAAUGCUGAGGAAAACUCUUCAAGUGUAGGUUUGUUGUGUACCACAGAAAGAACAGGGGUCAGCGUUUCCCACAGUAGCAUGUUUUCCCGCAAGAUUAUGGUGCACUCAGUAAUUUUUUGUUUAUGUUGUGAUGACUUGCACUGACACCUAACAAGGAGGAUGCAUCUUUACACAAAAACAAACCGUUUCUGUUACUGCUACCUUGGGGUGGGUUAUAUACCGUUAUAAUUUUGUCAACCAGUAUAACUAUUUAUGUAUUGUUUCUAUUGUGGUUAUGCCAAAGUUUCCUGCAGGUCUGAAACUCCAGCACCACAACAAAAGAACCCAUAUUUUAAUCCAGUUGUGAAUUUGAGUUAGCAAUUUGAAUUGAAUGUGAUGUGAAAAGGCUGUGUAUCACUAAAUAACGACAAGAGAAACUUCAUUUCUAUUAAACUGUCAUUGUAAACGGCACACAAAACAAACAACGCAGAAUGCUCUGAUUUACAAACAACAUCCAUUACAGCUUUCACUUAAUCCUUAUGAAAAUAACACUGAGUAAAUUCAGAAAUUAAGAACUUGGAUUAAAUUAAACUAAAUUAAAAUGGGUAAUUUUAUGUAGUUGCUUAAAGGUUUUCAGUAUUGUCAUGGAAGGUUAUCUGACUUGUAAAGUGGAGAAGAGGCUUCAAAAAAAAAAGUAAUCAUAAUUAACAUCGUACUUAACCUGUAUUGUUUUUUUUUUCAUUGCUUGCAGUAAAAACACAAUACAAAGUUGAUGUAAUCAAUAAAACACUAUAUUUAAAGUUCUAUUGCAGUAUUAAUGAUAAAAAUCUACAUUUUAUAGAUCGACCGUUACUUGGAAAUUGGAUUCACAAAGAUUAUCAUUUUUAAGAAGUAGUUAUCAUAAAACUAUAUAUUGUGAAGUAUAUCUCUAUAAUCAGAUGUAUGUCUCUAUAAUAUUGUUACAUUUUUGCUUCACAUCCCUAUCAAUACUAUUUUAGAAAUGCACAGUAAGCUAUGAUUUGUGUAUUAGUCCUUCAAAAUGGGGAUGGAGGUAAAUUACUGAGAUAAAAUUAGUAUAAAUUGACUGGUAAUGCAACCCACUUGGUGACCACUGAAAUUACAUCUCAUGUGAUUUUAAACUUUUUUUAUAUUACAACUAAUUUAUUUUGUAUGUUUUAAUGAAGGAAAAAAUUACUGAGUGAAAACUGGAAAACACCUACAUACAGUAGUUUAACACAACAGAUAUGUUGAAAUAAUUGCAUUUUAAAGGUCUUAAGUUAUGUGAUAAAACAACUAUUAGAUAUUAUCAACAAGUCGCUUAAUUUCUAUAGAGCUAAAAAAAAAAAAAAACUUCCUCGAAGAGAUGUCAAUUAAAUGGCAAUGUAAAAAACUG